UUGACCAAUGGCGUUCAACCUCCAAAGUCGCGCAAACAUUCCCUUUAUAUCCCGUCUGUCUUUGUUCUACGAUAUUUAUAUAUUAUUUUGUAUCUGUAAUAUAGAAGUCACUCCGUAUUGAUUCCGAUCAAUGAACCUGACCGGAUGUGUUUCUCCCACAGCUCGAGGUCUCUAUGGAAGCGCGCUAACGUUACAGGAGCUAACUGUAGCUAGCAGCUAGCUGCGUGUUCUCGUGUUGUUGUUUUUGACUGAAGAAGAAGAAGAAGAAGAAGAAGAAGAAGAAGAAGAAGUUUAAAGAAAAGAGCUGCAACCCCUCCACCGAUAUGACGUCAGCCUCUGCUAAGGUCGGGGAGAUCUUCUCAGCAGCAGGAGUUGCUUUCACCAAGUUAGGAGAGUUGACCAUGCAGCUGCACCCAGUGUCUGACUCCAGCCCUGCAGGAGCUAAGUGGACGGAGACGGAGAUCGAGAUGCUUCGUCUGGCGGUUCGGCGGUUUGGAGACGACCUGAACAACAUCAGCACUGUGAUCAAAGAGCGCACCGUAGCUCAGAUUAAGAGCACGGUGAAGAGGAAGCUGUACGAGGACAGUCGGGUCCCGAUCUCGUCCGAGACCCCGAAGAAGACCGUCAAAAAAACCGCUGCGCCCCCCCCCAUGAUCGCAGUGCCGGCCUCGCAGGUCGUCGUGGCGACGGGCAUGCAGAGCAGCCCCUCUCUGGCUCCUCCCAUCAAGAAGCAGAAGACGGCAGAUGUGACUCUCAGCGCUCUCAACGACUCAGACGUAAACAGCGACCUGGUCGACAUCGAAGGACUCGGAGACGGUUCCUCCAACAAGAAACUCAACUUUGACCAAGAGAGCCUGAAUCUGGACUCCAGCCUCAUCAUGAACUCCAGUGACCUCCCCCUCCUGUCUCGCUGACCUUUGACCUCUCAGCUGAGAAGCAUCAUGUCUGAAGCACUCGACACUUCAUCUGUCCACAUUUAAAUUACUCCCAUGUGUUGUUUUUAAAUGUAAAGGUAAAUGUUAAAUGGUCCGAGGAACCAAAUUAAACACAUUUAUUAUCUUUUUAUUUUAUUUUAUUAUCAGCACGUAACUUUGUCCUCUUUUGAACUUAUAAACUUCAGGUUUUUGUUUUUGUUGUUUUUCGUUCCACAGAAUUAUGUUUCCAUCAGCGAGUUUUAGUUUUCAGUUCAGUGUUUGAAAAGUUUUAAAUUCGACGAAACAAGUUUUUUUUCUUUGGUCCUGUGCUGUUAUCAUGAAGAAUAACGUGAAGCUGUGAAGAAGCUUCAAUGUGAAGAAUGUCAUCUGAUCAGUCAUUCUCUCAGAUUAGUCACGUUGUGCUCUCACUACUGGAAUUCAUCAUUUAGUGCCUCAAAAUUAUGAUCGUUAACAACUUUACAUUUUAGUCGCAGCGCUGAGCUUCUGAAUCCUCAAAGACUCUGAACCGUCUGCAUGAAGCACAUUUUAUAAAGACAAACCGGUUAAAAAUCUCUUUAUCGCGCAAGAAACUAAAUAUUUGUUUAAGAGUCUUUGAAGAUUCUGUAAAAUAUAUUUCCAAAAUAAAAAUAUGGUUUUACAUUUUAGAGUAUCGGAAGCUUAACGCUGAGACUCUGGCAAAACACUGGCAAAACGUCGGUAAGUUCUCUGUUCUGUAAAAUAUGUUCGACAGACACAACGAGAAGUCCAUCAAACUAAUCAGUGAAUUCAUUUGAGGACACAAAAGACUAAACGGAGAGAACAAAGAGUUUACUGAAGAACCGAACGAGACUUAAGAUCCGUCUCAUGUUAUUCUACAGAUCUCAUGUUCAGACUCAAACCAACAUGUUUGUUUAUUCAUACUUUUGUCUUCCCGACGUAGAUCUUUAACACCACAAAUAGUUUAAUCAGUAAUCUCCUCGCUGUAGUUUUUAAUCAAACAAACAGCAGGAAGUAGUGCAUUAGCCGGGGACUAGUUUCAGCGGCGGAUUGAUCCACAUUCGAUGCUCGAGUGAGAAUUAGUGACGAGAAGAAAACGUGUAGAAAGUCCAGACUUGUGCUUUAAGGCGUCGGUGGUCCCGUCGGCUGGCGAUCAUGUUGGUAAGGAAUCAGCUUCUUGACUUGAACAUUUGACCAAUCAGCAGCUGUGAGCGAUGUAAAGACGUUUUGAUUAUAUUAAGUAAAAAAAACAAAAACUAAACUAGUUUGUUGUCUUUCUUUGGGUUUUGUUGGAUGUUUUUGUUUCGAGUGUUUCCUCGAUGAUCAUAUUUGGACUGAGGAGUGACGUAGAGUAGCGUCACAGUACAGCACGUCAUAGUGUAGUGUGCUGUAGAAACACUUGUUUAGGUCACAGUGAACUUUGAACGACACAACAGUUCACCUUCCAGUCCAGACGUUUGAAUUUGAAGAGAUGAUCUCCGGGCGUCGCUGCUUCUGCCGCCACGGAGGAAUUAAAAGUUAUGGUUCAGUAAGUCGUGAAAAAUGUUAUUUAAAGAAGUCGAAGUAUAUUCUUUCAUAAAAACAGCCCGGAGACGAGAAGAGAAGACACAAAACUACAGAAAUCAGACCCGAGACGUUUAGGAGCUAUGGUUCAAUAACACAAUCUGUGUCUGAUCAGAAGAGAGGAAAACACACGUUUCUGAUACGAUACAGAUUUUAUUGAGUUUUCAUUUACAAUAUAAUAUAUUUAUAUUUAUAGUGUGUAGAGUGAUUGUUUCCACUGAAACCAGAAAGUCAUUGUACAGCGAUGAAAUCCUCAGAAGGGAAUAAACACUCGAAUAUAGACUUUUAUUUUACAGUUGCAUAAAAAUACAUCAUCUCAUUUGUCUUAUGUAGAGAAUUUGUCCAAAACAAGAACAGAAAGAACAGAAAGAAAUGAACGAUCUACAUUUUGAAAAUACUUGUGAAUGUUUUCAUAGAUGUGCUUUAGUUCCCUUACCGUGUGGAUUUAAACUAGCAGCCCUUUAUUUAAAGAGUCCUGUCUCACUCUGGUGGAUCUGCGUCAUCUUUCAGCACUUAACACCGAAAAUAAGCUUUUAAAAACAAAACUCAUUUGUUUUUGCUUCACACAUUUUAAAUUUUAAAGUGCUAAAAGUUCAUCUAAAAACAAUAAAUCUUUAGUUUUCACCGCCUGAAAAAAACCAUAAAAACACAAGAACCUCACA